AGACAAAAGAGAAGAUCUGAUUGGUUCCUUGUGUGCCUGUUUCCUGAAAAACAAAAACAAUGAGGCAUACAUGUUGUAAAAGGUUGAAACCCAGGUCUCCGUCAGUUAAGGACAACAGAUCGAUGUAUGUGUGUGUGCUUGGCAUGUAUGUCUACUGUACAGCUGUCAACCUACAGAACAGCGUCCUGCAUCAGUGCUAGAUGUGUCUAUGAAAACAAUUGCGCACAAGAAGAGGGAGGAGGAUACAGGACAUGACAUGGUGAAGUGAGAACACUGGAAAACACUUGAAAGAGAUCAAGAAGGUGUCAAAGCAAUAAUGGACGAUGGCUGUGCAGAUACCUGUAAAGUUCUCAUGGCAGAAACUCCUGAGUGCUUCAUCUGUAGAGAUGUGCAGCUGGUGGACGGAGAACAACUGAAAAGGUUUUGUGACUGCAAGAACCUUGUGGCACAUCAUGGUUGCCUGCUUACUUGGGUCAGAACGGGGCUGAAGAGGGAGGAUCGAAUGAGGUGUCGCGUGUGUAACGCAGAGAAGAACUAUCAAGGAGACGACGAGGACAACCUCAAACUUCAAUUGUCAUUUUGCAAGACGCCACCCAGAGAAUACCAGCAGCAGAGAGUUGCUCCAUGGCAGGCCGUGGUGUCUAAAUGGCAUGUGUGGCCUGUGGUGGUGGUGGUAGUGGUGUUGGCAGCCCUGGUUCCCUACACCGUGUACUGCAUGUGGACAGCCUUCAAUAACCACCCUCCACAUACUCUCUUCAAUAUAGCGGCCAUCUGCUUUGGCAUUCUCUCUGAAAUCCUGCUGCUUAGGUUCUUAUACUGCCAUGUCACCAAUCAUUUCCAGAAAGCACAGCAAGCAUCCUUCAGUCUUCAACCUCGGAACCUGGAGGAGGAGCAGGAGGCUGGGGUCAGAGGUCACAACCACAAAGCAGAUGCCCUCUGGCAGUGGAAAAGCCGCCCUGUGGCGGAAAAGGCAAAGCAGAUUGACUCACAGUGAUUCAUUUAACUUCUGGACAGGAUGGAGUGUCUGCCUGCUGCCCUGAUGGCUGCGUGUCAGCAGUAGCAACCUGGCGCAAGCAGCCGAGCAUCACAUACCCGGUCUUAUAUGGAAAUCACAGGAAUGUGAAUAACAAUUGGGAGCAAAUUUUUUGGAUUUCAUUCGACCCUUAUCCUGACCAUAACCAUUUAAAACAUGGCAUGUGUGUUGUUAACAUUGCUUCAGUAUCCUGUGUAUGGAAGGAUAUAAGAAGUUUCUGGCUUUGAUGUUUACCUAUUUUUUCUCUUGUUGCACUUGAACUGGGUUAAAGCCAAAGUCCAUUGCUGUCCAAACAUGGCUGGUAUGGAUCCAGAAUUUCAUUCCAACCAGAAGCACACCUGAUUCGGCUGAGUAAACUCUUGCUUAAUGAGUUAUUAUUGCUUGAUCAAUUGAGUCUGAUGUAUUCUCACCGGUAGGAAAAAUGCGGUGAUUUAGUCUUUGUUUUUAUAGUUGAGGGCAACAUGUAAUUUUAUAACAAGUUGUACAGUAUCAGUCAAAAGUUUGGACACAGCUUCUAAUUCAAUCUUUUUUCUUGAUUUUUAUUCAUUAAAAGACACUUCAUGUCUUAAAUGAUGGAUGUCGUUUCUCUUUACUUAGUUGAGUGGUUCUUGACAUAAUAUGGAUUACUACAGUUGUGGAAUAGGGCUAUUUACUGUAUUUUUAUUAUUUACUAUUUACUGUUUAAUUUCAAACGUAUUAAGAAGGCAAGAAAUUGCGCUCAUUAACUUUUGACGAGGCACCUGUUAACUGAAAAGUAUUCCAGGUGAUUACCUCAUGAAGCUGGUUAAGAUAAUGCCAAUAGUAUGCCAAGCAUCAUCAAGGUAAAUGCUGGCUACGCUGAAGAAUCUAAAAUAUGAAACAUAUUUUGUGUUUUAACACAUUUUUGUUUACCACAUAAUUCCAUAUAUGUUCUAUAUGUUAUUUCAUAGUUUUUAUGUCUUCUGUGUUGUUCUACCAAAUAGAAAAUAGUCCAAAUGCAGAAAAACCUCUGAAUGAGUAGGUGUGUCCAAACUUUUGACUGGUACUGUAUGUGUUACAUUUAAAAUGUUGUAUUUGCUGAUUGCACUUGUCACUUUUAAAAGAAUUACACAGAACUUUGUCCAGACUUGUCACAUAAGUAUAGCAAAAGUAUCGCAGAAGCACCAGUUCCCCACUUAUGAUUUUUGACCACUUUAUUCCAUAAACUCUAAUGAAAAGACAAGUGUCUUUUCUGAUAACACUGCAAUCCAAUCUUAGAUUAUCUGUAUAUUGUAAACGAAUUUACAUUUCUGGCAAUUUUGCUUUUGUUUCAAGAGAUACUGACCUGACCUCUGUGAUACAUUGUGAACCCCGUCUUUCACCUUAAAUCAGCUGAUAUUGGUUCCAGCUCACUGAUUAUUCAGUGGUUGAUGAUCAGAAGCUGGAUAGCUAUCUAAGACAAAAUGAUUGGCAAUGUUUUAAAUAAAAGUGAUCGCAAAUGUGGUUUGUACAUGUUUGCUGAUUACUCAUUUUUAUUCGUCCAUUCUUUCAUUCAUCUUCAGUAGAACUGCUUCAUUUUGGUUUGAGUAGCUUUCAUUUAAAGUGCUCAUAUUUUCAGAAACAGGGCCAAUUGUGUUCAUCCAUCCCAUCCAUCCAUUAUCUGUAGCCGCUUAUCCUGUUCUACAGGGUUGCAGGCAAGCUGGAGCCUAUCCCAGCUGACUACGGGCGAGAGGCGGGGUACACCCUGGACAAGUCCCCAGGUUAUCGCAGGGCUGACACAUAGAGACAAACAACCAUUCGCACUCACAUUCACACCUACGGUCAAUUUUGAGCCACCAAUUAUCCUAACCUGCAUGUCUUUGGACUGUGGGGGAAACCGGAGCACCCAGAAGAAAACCACACAGACACGGGGAGAACAUGCAAACUCUGCACAGAAAGGCCCUCGCUGGCCGCUGUGCUCAAACCCAGGACCUUCUUGCUGUGAAGUGACAGUGCUAACCACUACACCACCGUGCUGCCCCCAAUUGUGUUCAUUAGAACAUAUUACAGGCAGGUUACAAACAGCGGAAACUGUGCACGCAAGCCGAAUUAGUCUGGAUUUCUUCAAAAAGGUGGGGUGGUGGGUGUAAUCUCAUAGACCUAGUAAUCUAUGGUCAUGCCACAUUCCUUGAACUACAACUGCAAGCUGGCACAUUCAGUCUCCUUUUUUGCACAAUGAGGUGCCUUUUGUGGGAAAACAUUCCUUUUAUUACAUUAGUUUUCUCAUUGUCAGUAACCACUUCAUCCUGAUCAAGGUGGUUGUGGAACCUGGGAACACUGGACAUGAGGCAGGAUAGACCUGGGAUGGGGCAUCAGUUCAUACCAGGCAACACACACACCUAGGGGCAAUUAACUUUAACACCAGUCAACUUAUUGGCAUGUUUUUGAGAGGUCGGAGGAAACCCAUGCUGACCCAGGGACAACAUGGACAGAAAUUCUGUACAGACAGUAACCUGAGCUCAGGAUUGAUCCGGGGACCAGGAUUGACCAUUUGCUCUACGGCAGCAAUGCUACUCACUGCACCACCAUGCAGCUCAUUACAUAUAUGUAUAAUUAACAGUUAUUCCACAAAAUCGAGUUGUACAUGAGCUGAUAGCCGACGAGGCGCAUCGCACCGAGUCGGCUAUAAGCCAUGUACAACGAAAUUGAGUGGAAUAACUGUUUUAUUCUAUCCACAUUCACUGGAUUUUGAGAAACAGAGCAUUUUUAUUUUUAUUUUUUGCAAAUUCGAUUAAUAAAAACUUUAUACAAAAUGUCUGGCAAAAUCAUUUCCGCUUAGAACGUAAACAAACUGGCAAAAUGACUAGUGAUUGUGAGAAAUGCUAUAAUAAUAAUUCUUGAAAAAUAAAAAAGGAUACAUCCUUACCAUCAAAUGCUUUCAUUCCAUAUUUUGUUACGCUUUUUUUUUUUAGUAUUUUUGAGGGGGGUUCUUCUUCUUUAGGGUUUUUUGGUGGUUGGCAAACCAACUUAAAGGUGCAUUACUGCCACUAACUGGGUUGGAGUGUGGAACAGGAGAAACAAAAAACUAUAUUCUUUUAGCUAUUUCUGUUUCUUUUAAAUACUUGAUGACAAUUUUUGGGGUUUUGUUUUCGGAUAGAGUUUUUAUUUCACCCUUGGUUGGUUCAGCAGCAUGCACUGCCAUUUUGUUUUUCUCUAUUCACGGUAUAUGAACUGAUAUCCUAGUAGCAGAGUAGCCAAUCAGAGCACAUGAUUGCUCAUAUCCAGUGAAUGUGGAUAGAAUAAUUUAUUUUUUAUUAUAAAAAUAACCUUUUAAAGACUCUAAUUUUGUAAGCUUUCUCUUUGACCACUUGCUCUAGCACACAACUCUUACAUUUAGCCCCAAAAAGGCCUUUAUCAGUCAUCUCCCACAGUUAUUGUGUAAUAACCAUCCUUUAUUACUAUAGAGGAAUAGUACAGGAAUACAGUCAUCGGUUGUGGAGAUGACACUUCACUUGCAUGCACAAUUUCAAAAAUAUUUUCCAUAAGAAUAGGAAGACAUAUGGUGUUGUUUUUCAGCACAUGUGAUUCGAUUCUGAACUACGCUCAGUGUGAUUUGACCUUUACUCUUAAUUAAAUUUGUUUAGAAUGAUAGUAAACUGAGUGUUGUGGUGUUCCUCAUUACCAUAUUAAUAUUUCCACUGUUUUGUGCCACUUUAUAAAGAACUGUUUUUGUUUAUUUGGAAAAUAAACAAAAUAUGCUUGAUAUCUUGUUACAUUCUGACAUUAACUAAUGUAAAAUUAUAUGCAACACACCUGCAUUACCCAGGUGUUUGCUAUUUAGGGGUGGUUUCAAAUUUUGUUUUCUUUUAAAAACAGUGAUUAUACUCCUCCAAGAUCAUCUAAAUCUAAUUUUCUGCUACUGGCAGCAAUGGAAAUUACAUUUUCCAUUAAAAUAUACGGUGUCAGUUGUAAAGUCAUAUGUUUUCACUUUUAUAUUGCUUACCCAGUAUUUGUUUGGGAUACUACUCUCAUUUGACUCUGAUAUUGAGAAAUAAAGUACUAUUAUUUAA